ACAUGCAUUUAACGGCUCAUGCGGUGUCUACAGCGCACCGUUUCCUCCGCAUGUCGAGCGGGUUGUGUCCGAGCUCCAGAACCACUGCGAGGCUCUCGGAGGGGGGCUGUUGAAUUUGACGGAUCACAGUGAGAAGGGGGGGGGAGAAGCUUCUGGGUCAGAGGACACCUCGGGAAAAACUAUGGAUUAUUAACCUGCCUGGAAACUUUAACCCUUAUUUUUUCCAUUGUGUUUCGCACUUUGACUGCACUUUCUUCUACUGCUGUAGAAGCAGUGCUGCUUCAGUGAGGAUUAUGUCCUGGGAACAAAACAUGUCUACGAAUCCAACGAUUGACCACUGCAGAGCCCCCAACCCAGUCACAUACCAAACCCUCUUCUGGCUGAUUAUUGCAGAGUUCGUGCUGGGUCUGCCUCUCAACCUGUCGGUCCUCUACAUCUUCGUCUUCAGGUUCAAGUUCUGGAAGAACAAAAGCAUCUUCCUGUUCAACAUCGUGGUUGCUGACUUCUUGCUGGUGGCCUGUCUCCCUGCCAAGGCCUACCACUACCACUACGGCCAGCGGCGCAGCCCCAACAAAGUGCUGUGCAAGACGAUGCUCUUCAUGUUGUUCCUCAACCGCGGCGCCAGCAUCGCCUUCCUCAUCACCCUCUCCCUGGACCGCUACUUCAACGUGGUGCAUCUCGGGAGGAGGAAUUUUGUCAAAGUGCUGAAGAAAUCCCCUCAGGUCUCCAUCGUCAUCUGGUUGCUCUUGCUGCCCCUCACCAUCCCCAUGAUGGUCCAGACCUUCGAGUGCUGCAACAGCCACGGGCGCCAAAUCGAGACCCUUUUGCACGACGUGACGGACACAUUCAGGGAGAUCGUCUACUUCAGCCAGAUCGUCAUCCCCUUCGUCAUCCUCGUCUACUGCACGGUGCGCAUCGUCCACCGGCUGCAGAGGAAGACGGUGGGCGACAAGACCAAACUGAGGCGAGCGGUGUUCGUGGUCAUGUCCGUCGUCGUCGUCUUCUCCAUCUGCUUCCUGCCCAGCACCGUGGCCAGAGCGGUGCUGCUGAGCGUCCGGCUCAAAAAGGAGUGGGAGCACGCCGAGGACGUGGUGGUCCAGGUCUACGACAGCCUCAUGGUCCUGUCGUACAUCGACUGCCUGCUGGACCCGCUGGUGUACUGCUUCUGCAACUCGGGGUUUAAAGACGCCUACGUAUCCGCCUUCUGUCCCGCGUUUCUCCGGAACAGAUUGCUCACUACUGACUUUGGAUUGGGAACGACGACAAUAACAACGACGACAGCGACCAAUACCAUAACUACAACUCCUGAAAUGAGAGAAGUUUGUUUGCCAAUAUUAGCAAAAUGAUCCCGACCCUUUCUCUUAACCUGUCGCGAACGCUAUCUCCAAGUUUUUUGUUCGGCCGCACGAAAAGAUUAACCGCUGGUCGCUGCACACAAGCUCGCCUGGCAGAUUAUUAACAGCUAGAGCAGGACUGACUAACGCCGUUGACACAUUUACUGUCAACACAGCGGAAGCCGCUUGACAUCCUGUCGACAUCGCCGUCAUCUGAUCGAACCAUCUCCGAUCUAAAACUCUGCGUAUGAACAGUUGGAGAGCCGAUUGUCUCUUUCUGCACUUUUACUCCAACGCGAAAUCCGUACUGAUGCUCAACCGACGGCUUUCGCUGCUUCGUGGUCCAAUCAUAAAGCUUCCAAUGUUCUAAUGUUACGGUCAACAACGCAACAUCGCCUAUGCAGAUAUAAGACAAUGAGUAAGACGUGAAGAAUGUUUUUCGGCUGCAUAUUUUAAACGGUACAACUUUUAUAUAUUUAUUACAAUAUUUGUAAUAACUUAUAUAUAUUAAAGCAUUUUAACUAAUUAUGACAGUUUAAACUGGGUGCUACUAUGGUCCUUGUACUGACUACAACGUACUAGUAUGCAAAGUGAAGUAUAGCACAGGCCUCACUUAUUGCGUAGAGCUCACCACUUAGGAAGCUGGAUAUCUCUGCGUUCAUCAUCAGGACCUGAAAGCAGCUGUACCGGGCCUCCCGGGGCUUUACUCCUCAGCGCAGCAUAUAGUGAACUCCGCCCCCUCUUCUAACAUUACUCAAAAAAAUUAACAUAAAUCAAGUUGAUAUCUUUCGCAAUUCAUGUGUUUCUGCAUUUUCACUUCCCAUCUGCAGCUGUUGUUUAAAUAUAUACGUCUAUAAUCAGGGUUAACCAAGUUGUCUUCAUCCCUUUUUCUUUAUAAAGGAGGUUAUACAUCAUGUGCAUCAACAACCACGACUAACAAGUCAAACCUGAGGGGACUGCAGAGACCUAAAAGGCUGAUUUUAACUUUCCUCAUUCGCACUGUGUAUAAGUUUGUGAUGUUGAUCAUCAACAUGUGUAUAUAUUUGUAUGAGAUUGAGCAACUGAUAAAGAUGUUUGUAUACUACCGCUGUAAAUAAACAAAAUGCAGGUCUAUGUAAAUAAAUAAAAGCAUUACCACAA